UCAGUCACACAAAAGCCCUGGAGCAGCUUCUUUCAGAAGUCGAACGGAGCCAGCGAGCAGAACAUCAGAAGCAAACUUGAAUAUGCGUUUAUUUUUUGCUGAACAGGUGAAUGAUGAGCCUUCUGCAUCUCUUUCUCUGGCCCAGCUUUUAAAGACUGCCAACCUGGCUGAAGCCAAUGCUUCUGAAGAAGAUAAAAUAAAAGCCAUGAUGAUACAGUCUGCCCGUCAAUAUGAUCCAGUCAAUUACAGGAAGAAGCCCUUGGGUACACCUCCACCAUCGUAUGUUUGCUUUCACUGCGGAAAACCUGGCCACUAUAGAAAGGACUGCCCAAGAAACGGGGACAAAAAUGUCCAGUCUGUUCCCAGACUGAAAAGGAGCACAGGAAUUCCAAGUAGUUUCAUGAUAGAGGUGAAAGAUCCCAACACUAAGGGUGCAAUGCUGACAAACACUGGCAAAUAUGCAAUACCGGUUAUUAAUGCGGAAGCUUAUGCUAGAGGAAAGGGGAAAGGCCUCCAUUUUUACCAGAGGAGCCAUCCUCCUCCUCUUCUGAUGGUCCUAUUCCGGAUGAGCUGUUAUGUCUCAUUUGUAAAGAUAUAA